AUGGCCAUCAUCCACGAUCUCCCUGGUGUCAAGAUCACUGUCCAAGUCGACGGUCAGGACGCCGUUGAGUACGACGACCCGGACGGCCUCGAAAAUGACGCCAACCGCAUGAACGCUCGCUGGCGCACCUUGAAUUACGUUGAGUCAAAGGACGACGCUUUCUUCUCCGUUCGCUAUCAGAUUGACAAUAGCCAUCGCUGGGAGAGCCCCGUCCACGCAUUAUCUCUAACCCUGUACGUCGAUGGCAAGCGUGUAGACGGUGUCGUGUGUGAGGCUACCCGGUUCCACAACUACAACCCGUUCUUCGUCUGGGACCACACAGUCGAUGGCUCCCGGGAGAGAUCUACCGCCUCGGGCUACGAGCGCCUGAACAAGUUCAAGUUCUCCAAGGUCACCACAACUGAUGAUGCCGCAAAGGACCGUGUCGAGUCGGACUCUACCAGGGCAAAGUUGUUGGGCACCAUUGAGGUGUUCAUCUACCCCAUAAUCAUCACCGGACCGUCGAGGUACAUCGGCUCUGGGCACCGCCACGAGACGCAGCGCGAUGGAUUCAACAUUGCGGAGAAGGCGCUGAAAGGCCGCGCUGUCUCUCACGGUACUUCGUUUACCGACGGCGGUGUUGUUUCGCAGAGACUCUCAGUCACUGCAGAGUAUCUCAAUGACCAUCUCCCAAUCGCGGCCUUCAGCUUCCAGUAUCGUUCCCGAGACGCACUGCACAAGGAGUUGAUCAUUCCCAGAUCGCCGAGCCCUGAGCCCAUCGACGGGCUGUCCGAGGCUGAAAUCCGCCGAUUGGCCGCUGAGCGCCUCGACGAAAUCAAUAACCGCCAACGCUCGCCGACUGUCAAGCGAGAGGGCAGGCGUCCAAUCAUCAAGCGAGAGUUUGUCGAGAUGCUUGACCUUACCGAGGAGUCCGUCAAGCGAGAAUGGAAAAAGGUCAAGAUCGAAGGCAACCGGGUGGCUAUUGACCUUACCGAAGACUAG